UCCAUCAUCUCUACUUUCCUCAUUCUUCACUUGCACUAACCAUGGCGUCUGCCAACAUGCCCACCAUGACCAGUCUAGUUGCAGGUUCUGAGGGAAGAAACGAGCUUGAUGUGUUGCAUGGUAACGCAGAGGAAAAUGAGGAUUAUAAUCAACAACAACAGCAACAGCCCAAUAAGCCAGCUUUCGCUUCCGUUGCUUGGAACACUGUUGGUAAAGAUUAUGAAGGUGAUAAGGACUUGGAUAAUACUGAUCAAUGGAAAGAAAGGGAAGAGAAGUGGAGAGCAAGGAAAGAAAAGAGAGGAUUAGUGAGCAAAGACGACAGAGGAGGAAAUGAUCAAGGCGAAGAAAAUGAUUAUCGGUAA